UUCCCACUCACUUUUUGGGUGCCCAGGCUAGCAGCACGGAAGAGAAGGGUAGCAUGACUACGGGAGAGAAAGGAAGGGAGGAGGGGCCAGCCAAGAGUGCCCUGCGGAAGAUACACAGGGCCACCCUGGUGAUCAACUUGGCCCGAGGUUGGCAGCAGUGGGCAAAUGAGAACAGCACCAGGCAGGCCCAGGAGCCCGCAGGCUGGCUGCCCGGAGGGACCCAGGACCCACCUCAAGAUCCUAAACCAGUGAUACAUCCCACUCCCCACCAGAAAGCCCAGAGCGCCCCCAGGUCUCCCUCCCUAAAGCCAGAGGGGCCUGGGGAAGGACCGAGCUCAGGGGAGGCCUCGGAGGUCUCCCCUAUCAAAAGGAAAGAGGUGACCAAAACUGUUGUCAGCAAAGCUUAUGAGAGAGGAGGAGACGUGAGCCACCUCAGCCACCGGUACGAGAAGGACGGCGGCACAGCUGGCCCUGGGCAGCCGGAGGAUGACACCGACAGGACCCUCCACAGCCACGGCUCCCCGACACGGAGGAGAAAGUGCUGCAGCCUGGUAUCCGAGCUGACCAAAGGCUGGAAGGAGAUGGAGCAGGGCGAGCCCAAGUGGAGGAGCGACAGCAUAGACACGGAGGACAGCGGCUACGGAGGGGAGACGGAGGACAGGCCCGAGCAGGACGGAGAGCAGGUGGCCGCCGCCCGAAUCAAAAGGCCCUUGCCCUCCCAGGCAAAUAGAUUUACAGAGAAACUCAACCGCAAGGCCCAACGGAAAUGCAGUCAAUUGCAGGACCUGAAAGGAAAAUGGCAACAGUGGGCUGAUGAACACAUACAAUCCCAGAAGCUCAACCCUUUCAGUGAAGAAUUUGAUUAUCAGCUGGCCAUGUCCAACCGCCUCCACAAGGGAGACGAAGGCUACGGCCGUCCCAAGGAGGGAACCAAAACAGCCGAGAGGGCCAAGCGAGCCGAGGAACACAUCCAUCGGGAAAUUAUGGACAUGUGCUUCAUUAUCCGCACAAUGGCUCGCCACAGACGUGAUGGCAAGAUCCAGGUCACUUUCGGAGAUCUUUUUGACAGAUAUGUUCGUAUUUCAGAUAAAGUGGUGGGCAUACUCAUGCGUGCCAGAAAACACGGACUGGUGGACUUCGAAGGAGAGAUGCUAUGGCAAGGCCGAGAUGACCAUGUUGUGAUUACUCUACUCGAGUGAACCUUCAACAGCAAAAGCCAAACUUGACCCACUAUUGUCUUAAUGCUAAAUGCUAAUUUAGUCAAAUUAAAAUGCAAACUGUUCUGUAAUAAGUAGGAUAUAUUAAACAAUUUUUACAUGAAUG